AAGACUGAGUUAUUUGAACUACUUAACCACAAAUAAUUAUUUAUUUUUAAAAUUUUAAUCCAAAUGAUUUUCUAAUUUACUUAAAAUGUUAAGAUGUAAAAUAAUUAGUAGUGUAAUUUUAUUUUUAAUUAUUAUUCAACAUUCUGUUGCCAUAAGGACAUAUACUAAAGAUGAUAUUUUGAAAUUACGAGAAGAAGUAAAAGAAAUGUUUUAUCAUGCUUACAAUAGUUACUUGAAAUUUGCAUAUCCAUAUGAUGAGCUGAGACCAAUUAGUUGCGAUGGAGUAGACACAUAUGGCAGCUACUCCUUGACCUUAAUAGAUGCACUGGAUACAUUGGCUAUCAUGGGAAAUUACUCGGAAUUUCAAAGAGUUGUAGAUAUACUUUCAGAGAAAAAAGAUUUUGAUGCAAAUAUCAAUGUUUCUGUUUUUGAAACAAACAUUAGAAUAAUAGGGGGCCUUCUUAGUGCUCAUCUGCUUUCCCAUAAGGCAGGAGCUAAAUUAGAACCAGGAUGGCCUUGUAAUGGCCCUUUAUUGAGAUUAGCUGAAGAUGUAGCAAAAAGACUGAUAGUAGCUUUCGAUACUAAAACUGGCAUGCCAUAUGGUACAGUUAAUCUACACAGUGGUGUUCCCAAAGGAGAAACUACAGUAACUUGUACAGCAGGUGUAGGAACAUUUAUUGUUGAAUUUGGUACAUUGAGUAGAUUGACAGGAGAUCCAUUAUAUGAAGAGGUUGCUCUUAACGCUCUUUAUUCUCUGUUUAACCACAAGUCCCAUUUAGGCUUAUUUGGAAACCAUGUGGAUACAGACACUGGAAGAUGGACGGCACAAGAUGCUGGCAUAGGAUCUGGGGUGGAUUCUUAUUUUGAAUACCUAGUCAAAGGUUCUAUCCUACUUCAAAGACCGGAGCUGAUGGAAAUGUUUUAUGAAGCCAAAAAAUCCAUAGACAAGUAUAUGAAGAAGGAUGAUUGGUACAUGUGGGUUUCUAUGACCAAAGGUCAAGUUACGUUGCCUGUUUUCCAAUCUUUGGAAUCAUACUGGCCUGGAGUAUUGAGCUUAAUUGGUGAAACAUCCAGUGCAAUGAAAACUCUUCAUAACUACCAUCAAGUUUGGCAGCAAUACGGUUUCACACCAGAGUUUUAUUACAUUCCCCAAAACGAAGCCGGCAGUAACAAGGAAAGUUAUCCGUUGCGACCUGAAUUAAUUGAAUCUAUUAUGUACUUGUAUCGAGCAACUGGAGAUCCUUUUCUUCUUCAGGCGGGAGAAGAUAUUUUGAGAAGUAUACAGCAUAGUGCGAAAACGCCUUGUGGAUAUGCAACGAUUAAAGAUGUCCUAGAUCAUAAGAAAGAAGAUAGAAUGGAAUCAUUUUUCCUCGCAGAAACCACCAAGUAUCUGUAUCUUUUAUUUGACACAGAAAACUUUAUUCACAAUCAGGGACAAUCCGGAACGAUCAUAGACACUCCGAAUGGAGAAUGCGUCAUUGAUGCAGGCGGAUAUAUUUUCAACACAGAAGCGCAUCCUGUUGACCCGGCAGCUCUACAUUGUUGCCACAGUUUGUCCAAUAGAUACGUCAUAAAUUUCAAGGAUUUAAAAACGAAUAAGUCUAUGUUUAAAGGAGAAACUGUGAAAGAACGGAAAAAUCAAUAUGUGGAAGAAGAUAAAGCAGAAGAAGAAUUUUCCGAGGAGUUAAUAGAUGAGGAGAUCGUAAUAACCACUGAGUCGACCACUGGUUAUGUCAAAUUAGAAGAUAAUGAUAAUAUAAGCCAAAAAAUAACUGGCUCGCCUGAUGAGUACCAAGAAAACUCUUCUGUAGUAGUCGAUGGUGACAAGAUAUCCUUUUCAAAAAUAUUAGAUCAAGUUAUGCCCAAGGAAAGCAAGAAAUUUGAUCCUCAAGAUAUGCUGGAAAGGUUUAGGAAGGAGAAUAAAUAUCCACGGAAUUCUUCUUGGGAAAAUAAUUAUAAAUUGUUGUCUUGUAAAGGACAACCGUUUCUACAGAGAUUGGCUGUGAUGGGGGAAAUAUUUAAUAAAUAAUUUAUUUAUUCGA